AUGGUUGCAAGAAUUUACGGCUCUAUUAUGGGUGUUAAGGUCCUUGCCCCAGUCUCUAGUAAGCCUUUAUACCCUGGCGCUCCAACAACCCAAUCUGAUAUUUUAACCAAAAAGGCAUUGGCAUUUGUCGCUCUCCUUCAUAGAACUUUCAACAAGACAAGAAUUCAAUUGCUUGAAAACCGUCAAGCUAUUCAGAAGCAAAUCGAUUCAGGAAAGCCUUUGGAUUUUUCUCCGGAAACUGCCGCCAUUAGAAAUGAUCCAACUUGGUCCGGACCUCCAUUGGGUCCGGGAUUAGUCGAUAGAAGAACUGAAAUUACUGGUCCAACCGAUAGAAAAAUGGUUAUUAAUGCCCUCAAUUCCCCAGCUUACACUUAUAUGACCGAUUUUGAAGACUCAUCUGCCCCUACAUGGCAAAAUGUUUUGGACGGUCAAGUUAACUUAUUUGACGCCAACAGAAAACAAAUUGAAUUACCAACAGAGAGAAAGCACUAUAAAUUAGAUCCAUCUAAACUUAAUGAUUUACCAACAUUGAUUGUCAGACCUCGUGGAUGGCAUAUGGUUGAUUCCCAUAUUUUAGUGGAUGGCGAGCCAAUUAGUGCUUCCAUGUUGGACUUUGGGUUGUAUUUCUUCCAUAAUGCGGCUCAAUUAAUCAAAAAUAACCGCGGUCCUUACUUUUAUUUACCAAAAAUGGAGCAUUAUUUGGAGGCUAGAUUAUGGAAUGAUAUCUUCAAUGUCGCCCAAGAUGUCUUGAAAAUCCCAAGAGGGACUAUUAGAGCCACUGUAUUGAUCGAAACUUUACCAGCUGCCUUCCAAAUGGAAGAAAUAAUUUACGAACUUCGUGCUCACUCGUCAGGGUUGAAUUGUGGUAGAUGGGAUUAUAUGUUCAAUACCAUCAAAAGAUUAAGAAACAACAAGAAUAAUUUGUUGCCAGACAGAGAUCAAGUCACUAUGGGUGUUCCUUUCAUGCAGGCGUACGUCAAGAGAUUGAUUGAAAUUUGCCAUAGACGUAAAGUUCAUGCAAUGGGUGGUAUGGCCGCCUUGAUCCCAAUCAAGACUGAUCCAGAGGCUAACAGAGUCGCUUUGCUCAAAGUCGAGAAAGAUAAAGAAAGAGAAGCUAUUGCUGGUCAUGAUGGGUCAUGGAUCGCUCACCCAGCUUUGGAGCCUAUUUGUACCAAGGUAUUCGAUAAACACAUGCCAACUCCAAAUAGAUUGCAUUAUAUCCCAGAAGAUCCAAAGGUCACUUCCAAGGAUUUGACAGAUACAUCUAUUGAAGGUGGUAAGAUCACCACCGAAGGGAUUAGGGUGAAUUUAUAUAUCGGUUUAUGCUAUUCAGAGGCUUGGUUGAGAGGCCAAGGCUGUGUUGCCAUCAAUAACUUGAUGGAAGACGCAGCCACUGCCGAAGUUUCUAGAACUCAAUUAUGGCAAUGGGUUACCCACGGUGCCAAAUUGGCUGACACAGGUGAAUCAGUGACAAAGGAGCUCACUUCUAAGUUAUUAGAAGAAGAAACCGCAAAGUUGGUUAAAUCUUCUGGCGAAGGUAACAAAUUUGAGCUCGCUGCCAAGUUGUUCAGACCAGAAAUUAGAGGUGAACAAUUCAGUGAAUUCUUGACUGACUUAUUGUACCCGGAAAUCACUACUGUGGGCAAUCCAAUUGAAUUAUCCACUUUAAAAGAUUGA